UCAUGACGACGACGCCAUCAUCAAUUCGAAAAGGCGCCCUUUUUUUUCCCCCGCGCUCAUUAGUCAGAGUUUUGUUUGUUGUGCCUGGGUAUGUGUGUGUGGCUCUUAGUUUCGCGCCCAAAUAACAUUCCCCAAUAUCCCAAGGUCUACUAGAGACUAAUUUUGUUUCUGUUUAAACAGUCAUUUUGGGUGAUUAAGAGGCACGUAUCGUGCUGUUUUGGUUGUGAUCAAUUUGGGAACGUUUAUUUCACUGUGAUGCUUUAAUGAGCCUAACCUAAAAAAAUCCCCCUCUGCAAUCUUUGAGGAAACCCCAUUGAAUGGGAUCAUGCCUCGCCGUCUGGAAAUCCGAACAACCAUUCUGGAAAAGAAAUCAGACGUUAGAACAAGAGGGAAAGAUGCAAAUUCUAAUGAUUUGUACGCAGAUGAAGCUUCUGCAGCUCCUGGAAGAGAUUCAACAACUUAAAUCAAAUAUUCAAAAAACAGAUGAAAAGAUCCUUGGCACUUAUGUGAAAUCACCAUCGAAAAGGAAGAAGAAAUCAGACGUCCCUGCCAGAAAAGUAGCCUAUGAUGUUCUCUACCCAGCUAUCGACAUGGCGGGUUCGAGAGUCGAAGAAGAGAAACAUGGUCGUCGUCGAGUCGUUCGUGACACGAUCGUCUCGCAUUGUUUAAACGCGGGCGGCGCAACAGCGCCCGACGACGUGACGUCGGGAAGGCCGUGGACAACAUCGUGCGCCACUCAUUUCACACCGGCGCCCGUGGCUUCUUGGCAGUUUGGCGAACCUUCGUUCCGGCCGGACAUUAGGCGACGGUCAAACCGUGAACAAGAACAAACAUCGUUAAAGUUGGUCGAAGAAUACUGCCGGCCAGCGUUCCGUCACGAUGGACAACAACCGAAAAUUGCCACCGACGAUCAACCACCAUCAGCAGGUGGCAGCCAACAGCUGACUGGUAGGGAAGGGAGCGGUUUUAAACGCAUCUACGCCACCAACAGAGCGGCAACGUCGAAUGUUCAUCCCGUCUCAGGCGGUAAGGCAGGUGGUCGUGGACACGCCGUUGACGACGGCCAAGAUGACGACAACGAAGAGGCCGCGCACAGCCCGGCCAACAACGCCACCGCCGAUGGAGAAAACAGCCGUCAUGCUUCGAUGCCGCUCAACGCGACAGACUUAUCCGAUAAUCUUGGUCCGCAAUGGGUUGAUGGAGCGGAAGUGGACGAGUCGUUUCAACCGGUUCCGCCAGAUAAAAUCGAGCCGGAAUUCGGCCGUCCAACAUCGGCCGGAUUGGUAGAAGAGCAACCGGCAGCCGAUCAAGUGGACGUCAAAGGUGACGAUUUGCAUGACCAGUCCGUGCCGGAAGAAGAGCAAUUGAUUGAUGCAAGUGCAGCGGAGGGACGCGACUUUCAACGGGCCGAGCGGACCCGCCACUACGAUCGCGACGAGAUCCGUCAGUACAUGCAGAAACAGAGAAAAGAGCGCAAGGAGAAGAUCGGCCAGCAACCGUCGGCUCCCGUUUGCCAUCACAGCCGCAUCAGCCCGAUGAAACGGUCAGACUUGGGUCUGCCGGACAAGCCCGUCGUGCAGACGAAACGAAAAGAGCGGGCCGAAGCGAUGGCGAGGAAACAGGUCUGUGCCGAGAAACCAAAGUCUGUCGGCGUCUGCAAGACUAGCCUCCGGCCAAGGGAAGAGAAAAAGAAGAAACUGGACUCGGCCAGCAGCAGGGGGCACAAAGGCAUCCAGACGGAACCGAUGGCCGCGCGGCAAACGAUCGAUGAAGCCACUCAAAUGUCGGCCCGCAGCCAAUUCAGUGACUCGAGCACCGAUUGGCUUCACACUGUUCCCACCGCGACGGGCGCCACUGUCACAGGUGACGGCUGGACGGCGCAACAACCCGCCGCUUCGCAAUCUACAGACCAGAGACUCCGCUGCGCAUCCAGCGGGGUGCUGCAAUCGUCUCCCAGAUCGCAGUUGCUGGCACGCGACCAUCCGGCCGUGACGGCCGCCCAUACCCAACCGAAACCCGUGACCAAAUUGAUCCAGAAAAUCGAAGAUUUGGAAUUGUACAUCGGCCAUCUUUUAGAAGCCCCCACAUUCCAGGCAGUUCAGACCGCGUCCGUGCAUUUGCUUUUACCGGCCGCAGUUGAACGGCCGAGGGACAUUGGCCCGUUCGCCUCGUAUCGUCCAUCAGGGCCCGUGGAAUUACCAACAAAAUUAAGCCCUUACCGGCCUCCAGUGUCUCCUACACCGGUGACCGUCAACUCACAUCCUUUGAGUCGAACGGUGACGGACGGACCGACGCGGGUUGGCCAACCGACGCCCCCGACGCGCAUCUCUUCCUUGAAAUUAGAACAAUUUCAGCUGGACACGACCGCCUCGACUGAAUACCAUCCGCUGCCUGAUCACUUGGCCGCAUUCCUUCGUUUGGACAGCAGGCGAUCGCGCGAUGGAUCGCCCACCGUCAGGGCCGGCCCGGAAAUUGCGUCACAAUCGAAAGCCGAGUCGAAACAUGGCGAUAAACGCUCCAGAUACGUCACGGAGGAGGCGACCGAGCUCAGCUCUCUUUUCCAGCAACAACUUUCUCGCCAUCCGGAAGCGGCGGUGGCCGGCCAAAGCGAUGGCCGAACGAAACGCGCGCCCGCUGAACAGCGUCCGACCGUGGGCGGUCGACAAGAUGAAGAACCGCAGACCUACUUUCGUGACUUUAAUGAAAUCCUUCAGAUGGAUCCCAACCCGUUGACUGAGCGAUCCAACAGCUGGAAGCGAAUUGCCUCACGAUCGGUCAUGCCCGACGGAGCCGAUGCUUUCCCCAUCCCGGCUGCGCCGUACAACAUUCUGUCGGCCCUUAGCGACGAGCUGAAAGCGACCAUGAACCGAAUCCCGCGGGCCAGCGAUCAUUCGUCCGACUCGGACUUUCAGUCACGACUCUCCGUUUCUGACAUUUCUGUGCCGGAUGCGGUCACUAAGAAAACGGCUACCGACGCCACCGCAAACGGCCGGCCCGGCCAGCCUCGAGCCUCGUCGUCUUCGUCGUCGGUCUAUUCCUCGUCGAAAACUGAAAUUCAAGUGCCAAAAAACGGGUCAGGUUCUCGAACCGGCAGCCGUGACGCUGGUUCGAGAAUGACCAAUCAGGCGGAUGAACAUCGACAACAGGUCGAUGCGCAAUCGACGCGGGACGUGACGGACGCCAGCCUCAUUCCUUUAGAAUUGGACACCACCUACCUGACGCUGACUCCGCAAUACACUUCGUUUGAGGCCACCUGCUCGCUGGCGAUGCCGCUCGAUUCGACGUGCAUGACGGAAAGCGGAUUGGCAGCGCACCAGGCGGCCAACGAAGCCAACGAUCGAUCCAUGUUUUCCAGCAAACUGAGUCCCAUUCCGCGGGCCGUUUCUCCGCUGGCCCUCAUUUCGGACAGCGACACGAGCGUCAUCCGCACCGAGCAGAAGCAAUCGACUUCGUCUUCCGAUCGAUCCGAACGGGAUCGUUCCGUCGGAUUGGAAAAUGUGGUCGACGACAACACGGCCAGCCUCGUGCAGCCGCCCGCGACCUCGGUGCAAGUGCGGAUGAAAAAAUCGGACGACCUGCUGGCCCGACUCCGCGCCGAGAUCCAGCGGGACGAGAGUCUUUAUCGCUCCAUCCAGCAGGUGGACCGUUUGGAGGACUCGGCCGCCGCCAAGGAAUCGUCGAAACGCUUCCGCAUUCAAAUCGAUUCGGAAACGCGCUCGUUCAUCGAAGCCCAGACGGACGCGUUGCGAUCCAUCGCCCAGGAAGUCAGGGGUGGAAUAGCCGGAAAUGCAACCGUUUUCUUACAGGCAAGUCAGGCCGCCAUGGAAGUGGAUCGCGUUCACAAUCGGCAAGUGUUCGAUUCCGGUGGACGGCAGACGUACAGCUCGGAUUUCGACGAGCCUUCGAUCCGCACAGAAAUUCCGAGCGAAUCCCAGCCGGCUAAAUCGACUGGGCCCAAUUCGCCGAAACGUUCGUUAGACUGCGGUUCGGAUUAUUCGGAGCGCGGCGGGCUGGAUUCGUCGGACGCUUCGGUCCUUCCACCCAAAGCCGUCGACAUUCUGCUGCAAGAAGAGGCUAAACAGCAACGAUUGCUGUUGAAAUUACGAGAAAAGGCGCAAGUGGAGAAGACGCUGGCCGAGCUGGAGCUGCUGCAGAUGCAGAAACGCAUCCUGCGGGCGCAGGGAGAACGAGGCAAGGCGGCCAGCAUUAAAAAAAAACAGCGCGGACUGCUGUUGAAACUGCAAGAGGAAAGGUCGCGCAUCGAAGCCCUGCGACGCCAACACAAGAAGGAAGAACAGAGGAGCAAAGCAUCUUGCGAUUACCAGCAUUACGACAGCAGUUCGUGGGAGACGGACGUCAGCGCCAUGUCUAAUUCGACUGUCGGAGCCGGUGACACUUCGGCUUCCGUCGUUGGCGAGGCGGCUCAAGCGGCUGAUUCGUCAUCCGCCACCUCCACUUUGCGGCAGGUUCUCAGCGAAGCCGCUCACGUUCAGCAACUUUCUAGCAAUGACGAAGCGGUCGACGAUGACGCCGAGUUGAGCCACCAACUCAGCCGAUCUGAACUGGAAGGUCACGACCCGGCAUCGGCCUUGUCCAGUGUCCGGUUGCGCGCGCCCUUAUCGCCCAGGACGACGACGGAAAACAUCCGCAUUCGGUCGAAAUUUCUCCGCCGUCGUCAUUCGAGCGGUUCGGACGACUCGAUCAAUCUGUCCCAGAAUGAAACGGCGUCUGACGUCAGCGAUGUGGAGAGUCGCCUGUUGGCCUUGAAUGAUCAGCUCCGACGACGUCAAACGGAAGCCAAGCGCUUGAAGACCGAACACAAUCGACUUAGCAAAGAGAAACGGAAGGCUCAAGAAAGCGCCUUGAUCAAACAAAUUGAGGUGUACGACCGUUGCAUCACCGACCUUCGCUCCCAGCUGGAUGCCGAUGCUGAAACGGGCGCAACCGCAAACGCCGUCCUGGCUGUUCGACCUGUCAUUCGUCAGCCACGAGCUCUCAUCCGUACCGAUGGAGCCCAAUCGCCAACGUCCGGCGGCCGAUCGGAAUCCGAAUCGGCCAAGUCGCUGGAAGCGGAGGGACACAUCCCGCCGGCGGAACAGAAGGAAGAGCAUUCCUCGGGAACGUCUUCCAUCAGCACGCAAGUACACACAGAAGCGGAUGAAUCUAUGGGGCAGUUGAGCGAACAUGAAUCCAUCCGAGAACCGGAGUUGGUCGAUGAUAAAGACGUGGCCGUAUUGCCAGCGAUCGAGUCUGCCGAAUCGGAGAAAUCUCUUUCGGAAUUGUCGACCGAUCCAUCGGCUACGCAGGAGAACCAGGCCGAGAUCUCCGAUUGCGCUCGUGCCGAUGUUUUCAACCAAACGAUGAUCAUUAAAAGCGACGUUCAAGUUAAGGAAGAAUUGGCCGAAGACAUUUCGAAAUUCAUUCUAGAUCAGCUGAUUGAAGAAACCGUCGCAUUGACCAGCUGCUGCAUCUUGAAAAAGAAGAAAAAAGCUGAAAUUCCGGCAUCUAACAAAUCGUCGGCGGAUGUCUUGCAAAGAGUCAGUGCCCUUCUGUCGACCGGAACGGAUGCACCCAAAGGAAAUCGUUGCCAGCUGUACCUGACGACGACGUUCGACAUUUUCAGUCCUGACGAUGUUCACUCGCCUGUGGCUCAUCCGGCCGGAAGCCCAUCUGGCCCACCUUGCGAUGUUUCUAGCGCAGAAGGGCGUGACGCUCUCGAGUCAAAGUUGAAUGAAUUGCGUAUCGAGAACGAAUGGAUCGACGAUGACUUGCAGCCCGUCCCAUCGGACUCUGUUGUUGCGGACGAGAAUCGGGACAAAGUGAUUCAAGAGGCCGAGGCGUUAGAGCGCGAACAGAAACGGAUUGAGCAGGAAAUUCAGCGAUUGAGCUCCGGAUCGGUUCUCUAUCUGCGGGAGAUACCCAACAAGCCGCCGCCUCCCUACACCCCGCCGGGCCAGGCGCUCACUUGGCAGAAGAUACGCUCUCCAGUCGUGGCUGAAAAUCAGCAAAUCAUCCCAAAGUCUAAGGAAGAUGUAGCCCGAUGUUGUCGUCGUUUUACCGAAUACCUGCUCGAUCACGAUGCAGAGCCAGAUGUGCACAUCCCGGAUGAAUUGCUCACGUCCGAUCGUCCGUUACAAGCCGAUCAGCCCGCCGAAUGCCAAGUGAAUUGCCGGGCAUUUUUGUCUCUUCUGGCCGAUUUGUCACGUCUCCACCUGACCGAGUUGAGAAAACAAGCCACGUUUCUUGCAAAUCAGAAAUGUAUGGGCGGCAGACCGAUCCGGUCGCGCACCGAGCUCGUAAAGGCCGUCGAAAGCGCCGUCCUGGUUCAAAUGAAUUACCAGCCGCGUUUGCUGCGCGAAAGUCAACUGGCUAGAUGGUCGCAAAAGAAACGCGAUCGAGUUGACGAGAUUCUCGUACGCGAAUUGCAAAUCGAAGAGAAAUUUUGGACGGAUUUCUCCAGCGAAGAAGUACAAGUCAAACACCAAACAGCCGAUGCCAUACUCGAUAUGCUGUUGGAUGAAACAGCUUCCAUUUGCAAUCGCAUGAUUAUGCAAGCCGCCAAAUAGCCCAUCAUUGUUUUAUAUUUAUCUUGCUAAUUUUUGCUAAAAUUCUUUCUUUUCGCGUUGACUAAUACACUGCUAUUUUUGAGAAGACAAAAA